AAGUACCGCCUUUUGAGUUCAGACAACACCGAAGAGAUGAAUGUGUAGCAGAUCAUGUCUCGGCCAUUGACCUCUCUUACUCCAACUUUUCACUUCCGAUUGCCGUUGGCAUUGGUCUUGUGCGUCUUCUGGUUCGAUCUCUGAUCUCUCUCGGUGGUACUUCGUACGGUUUAUCGGUCUAUCGCGACAUCGCAAAUAGGUAGACACGGCGCAACCCCUGAGUUGCGCAUGGCACAGUAGUGCUGAUCGAAUCCCCCGCCACGACGGGACCGCCAGUCGCAAUCUGCAUCAAUUCGACGUGUCAUACUCUUGAAUUCCGGCGCAAUACCAAGGUAUACAUAUUUCGGCCAUAUAUCCUUUUAUUAUCGGCCAAGGAGCUCCGGCUGUGAGGAUCUGCGCUUGAUCACUGCCCCGAGCAGUCCCACCGCGGCGGUCCUGUCAACCGCGCGACGAUCAUACCAGACCCGAGUCGUUGGUUACUAAUGGCAUCUACUCAAAUGGCGUUCCCCUACCUGUCUCGAACAAAUACUAGCCAAUCCCUUUCUAAUGGCGCCACCGGUAACCACCGCGCAUCUCUCACAUCCUUCUUAUCUUCGCGAUCCCCCUCGCAGAUGUCUCAUAAUUCGCGACCUCCACGAUCUCCACAGCCUCCCAUCAUGAACAACGAUCGUACGUCGGAUCCUAGUUCGAAGUCCAAGACUUCUUCGCUGGCAAGUCAAACCGCCGCGUCUUCUUCGCAACACUCUUCUCUCGAGGCUCCAAAGCGACAUAAUCCUAAUGGCCAAUCUCCGAGAAAAUUACGUUCGCAAUAUCCCCGCGACUCAGAAAACCAUGUCGAGUAUAUCCUAGUCGCCUCUUUCGAUAUCGACCGAGGCCCUGUCAUGGAACAUCAAUUUCCAGUCGCAAUCACCGGGGAUGAGCAUAUGUUAGCUGAACUUAUGUUGCCGGAUCAAGUUCAUUCGCGCAAUCAAGAUUGGACCAUCUUCUUUCUGCAUAAGGACACAAGCCAAGAGGAGGAUGAAGAAUUGCAAAAAGAGAAAGAAGAAAGACGAAAGCGCAGGAAGCGAAGAAGGGACAGGGCUGCUGGGAUAAUCAACGAAGACGACGAGACAAUUGACGAGGGUGAAGACGAAGAAGAGGACGAUGAUGAUUGGGAUGACGACUCUUCAACAGAUUCAGAACCUGAAGGAGGAGAAGGUCCCCCGCUAAUAUACGUACUAAAUUUGGUUUAUACAAGACACGAUAAAUCAGUGAAAAGAGGCGCUAUAGUCAAAGCAAUGGCUAUAUGUACAAGACAUCCCUUUUUACAUAUCUAUAAGCCUCUCCUAUUACUUGCCCUCGAGGAAUACUACAAGUCUCCUGUCCCAGAAACAUUAUCUAUGCUUUAUGAGGCUGUCAAUAACAUGGACCUAUCUUUAAUGCCAAAGCUCAGCUUGCUUGAGAGACAUCUCUUACAAGCUAGUAACAAUCAGGACCUGUUCGUCGAAAAAUUCGAACGGAUGAUACAGAGGCGAAUAACCGAGGACAAGAGUGAAGGGCUUGGCGAGCCAUUCGACGCAAGCAGAAGUCCUCCUAAAUUACAAGGCAUUUCUCGAGGAGGGACGAAGGCUCAUCUCGAAGGACAAUCUGCUUACUCGGUCCCGCGAGAUACGCACGAAUUCGAGAGCAAAGUCAUGUACAAGGGUAUACCGAUCCCCGUUAAGAUUCCGACAGCAAUUAUGCCGGAAACAGUUGGGGAUUUCUCUCUUAUCAAACUAAUCCAGACAUUUUCGGAGCCGCAUGCAAAGUCGGUUCAACAGUUUUCGAUACAUACGCACCUAACUACGAACGGGCCAGGAACCCAUCCUAUAAUAGUACUUGCUAAUGCUCUUCUAACCCAGAAGAGGGUAAUUUUCCUUGGGCAUACUAUGCCAUCAGGCGAAGUUGCGGAAGCCGUGUUAGCAGCGUGUGCUCUGGCCUCUGGUGGUGUGCUACGGGGAUUCUCUAGGCAUGCAUUCCCAUACACGGAUCUUACCAAGGUCGACGAUCUUCUAAAAGUUCCAGGCUUCAUCGCCGGAGUUACGAACCCAACAUUUGAACUACACCCUGAGUGGUGGGAUUUACUAUGCGACCUCCAGACAGGACGAAUGAAGAUCAGCGAGAAGAUCGAGCCCGCGCCAAUUACGGAGGGACUUGUAUACUUCCAGCAGCAGAACCCGUCAUUUGCGAACACACUUAGCGGCUCAUCUAAUGGGAACGUGGACUAUACGGGUGAUGUCGUGUUCAUGAAUGAUAUUCUUAAAAGUAUAACAGCGAGGCGUGGAGAACGAGUCAUUAGAGCGAAGUGGCGAGACUGGGUCGUGAGGUUCACCCGCAUAGCCGCCGCAUUCGAGGAGACGGUGUAUGGAGCUAGUGCCUUAUACAUCGGAAAUGACGAGUUUGAAACACUCACGGGCGGGCAUGGAUAUGUGUGGGCGGACGAGAACGCCAAGCAAAAGGAGCUUGCUGGCAAUGUUUGUCGGAUUGAAGGCUGGAGAAAUACUAGAAGCUAUUACAGCUACAUUCAGGACCUGGCCCAAUUAUACACCAUCCGACCCUUAAAGGGAUUAGACUUGCAUCACAUGCAUGACCGCCUUCGGUCGCAACGUCUAAAUCCGGUACAAAGUCGGGAGAUCUAUUUAGCAUUCUCCAAAUACGUCCAUUCGUACGACGAGAUAUGCUUGCUAUUGUCUGUAGCACCCGAGUCCCACGCGGGGCUUUUCUACAUAGCGCUUGGGCUGUUCCACAAGGACCGCGACGUUCGGAUAAAAACAUCAGAACUCGUCGAGCGCAUUAGCGAUCACGAAGCCGGUCAACAUUGGUGGAAGGGGAUGAGCCGUUUCGAGAAACUUGCCUUCCACCGGAUACGGCGAGAGGUAGAUGCCGAAACGAAGAGCAAGCUCGAGAAGGAGGGCUUCACAGCCGAAGUGGAAAAGAGGAUAAGCUAGAAGACGCAGACGAAGACGAAGAUAACGAUGAAGAGCAGGAAGGUCCAGACCUAAGGGCGAGGCCCGGGGGGAGGUUGAUGUCCUUUGUUUUCUGAAGAUAUCCGUGACUUCGAAUGUUGAUAUAUACCACG